AUGAAGAUAAUGACUGCGGUGGGGCCACGUAGCAAGAAUGUGCAGGCUACUCCAGGGACCAUGGCAGCAAAGAAGAUCAGCGUGAAGGCUUUUUCAGGAGCCGCUCGCGCCGUGACAGCGCUACUGGCCGGGCGUGGUGACCGGUGCUUUUUGGGUCGGCUUUCUUCCUCACCAGGUCAUGUCAUCGGAAAAUGUGCCGAUGCAUAUGGAAGCGGUGCAAGUCGGAGCGGUUUUUUCACGCGCCGCUCCCCAGCUUGCCUUGCGUCACGCGAUUCGCGGAGGGACUGCUAUCGAUUGGUGUUUUUCAAAGCGCAUAGUGCCGGGACGACUGAACGGAGCUACAGCGGUCUGUUCCAGGAUUCUUACAAACGGAAGCUGCACUUUUACGCGGCUUUCAGUUAUGACGUGUUUCGC